AUAAAACAGCGGGUUCUCAUGUUCGCUUUUUGUUUAAUGUAGCUAAAAGCAACAGCAGCUGUUUUAGCUGCAAGACCUUCUCCUCAUGCACAUAUUUUAAAGGAAUUUCCCUCCAAGUAUUAGUUUGCACUAUACUGUUCAUAUUGUUGUUCUACUGUAUUGGGAGCCCACAGUUUUUAUUUUGUUAUGUCAUACUAGUUUAGUCAGUCUCAGCGCCAGUUUAUAUCUGUAGUGUAUAGAACUUUAUAUUUUGUGCAUACAAACAAGUAAAAUGUACUGUUGCGGUCGAGCUAUUGAAAAAAUGCCUGACAAUUAAGUCGCUUAUGAAAUGACCCACAGUAAAAAUGAAUGCUAACAUUAUAAAUGAACAAAACAUAUACUGUGCACAAAAUAUAAACAAAUAUCACGACGUGACACUACAACGGUAUUUACAUUUUGUAUCUUUGUUGUGUUAAAUAAAGUUAAGGGACAAUGAAGAAGUUUGUAACCAAUCACUUGGAUUUGUCCCACAGCAGGGCGGGGUCUAUUUCCAUGGCAACUUCAAACAAAUGAAAUAGUUUGCCGUCUGGAAACGUACAGAAGCGAAGUGAUUAAAAUUAUUCGUGUUAAUUAAGUAACCCAAACCCAUCGACAUAAUGUCUACCAGCACUUCUAAAACGAGGAGGCCUGCUGUUAAAGUUACAGCAUCAUCUAGAAAUGCUGCAACAUCAAAGAAGCUGAAUGCAUCUGGUUCAGCGACAAUGAACAAAUUUAGCCAGACUGCAAGUCGCAGCAUCACAGGAUCAACGAGCCGAAGAAGUAUGGGUUUACACGCAGACAGCAAAAUAUUGGAUAAAGGCUCUCUUCAGAUUGUUAAGCAUGCUGUGCAGGUUUUUGAUGAACAAGGAAAGAAUGUUACACCUCAACCACUAUUUCAAUCUGACCCCAGUGCAGUACAGCCAAAACAAAGUAAAAUUUUUACAUCUCAGGAUACCUCGGGGGUAAACGCAUCUGACUUGUUGUCCACUAUGUCUUUGUACCAAACUGGAGCCAGUGCUAGCUUUGCUGGGCCAUUCACAAGAUCUGUUUUUGGAAGCAGUAGUGUUUCUAAAUCCAGCAGAUCUACUAUGGAAUCAAUGAGUGAAGAAAUUGAGGAACCCGGAUCUAGGCGUGACAUUUCUGUAUACCUUUCAGAUGUACAGGUCAGACGAGAGGAGGCGAGAGAACAGAUUACUGAAGAACUGCUGGACAAGACAGUCGAUGGGUAUUUAACAGAAACUGAAACCAUUUGGUUAUUGGACAUGCCAACUGUCAUGAUAUCUGUCGAUUCUGAAGAAGCAAACACAAUCAAGCAAAAAAACAACGCCUAUGUGGGACUGUGUAAAAACAGAGCUGGAAAUGAUCAAUACAUUGAGAGGAUGAUGCAGACUUUUAAUGGAGCACCAAAAACCAAAGAAGUCCAGUGUGAAAAAAUCGACGUUGCUGACGCAGGUGUGAUGGCAACCACGUGGGACAUGUAUGACACCUUCCAUUCUGCUGAAGUGGAGCCCAUGGACUUUCACAUGGCAGAGAAAGCAAGUCAAUCUGCAAGUUUCAUAAGCAGUGGACCUGAAAGAACAAUGUCUAGAAUGAGUUCAGCAAGCAUGACCAGUCAGUCCAGUUCAGCUGUGGAUUUCGAUAGUGUUAUCAUAUCCAAGAUACCUAAAGCAGAGGAAAUAGACCCAGAACGAAUCCUCAGGUCUGAAAACUUCCAGCAGGAUUUGUUUGUCAUGGAAAGGAUCAUAUUGGAAAACAUCUUCCAGCCCAAAUUAGCUGCCUAUCGGCAACUCCCUAUCCUAACAGAGUCUGAUUGCUAUCCUGGAGAGGAAGGUGUGGUUAAAAAAGGGAAUGCCGACGUGGAAACAAUAGCACCCACUUUACAUCGACUGUGGGCUUUUACAUGCGAGCUGACAACGGGACGCAACGUGAGCAGCAUGGCAUGGAACAAGAAACAUGUGGAUCUCUUGGCAGUUGGCUAUGGAAAGUUUGAUUUUCAGGAACAGAAAGAAGGACUUGUCUGUUGUUGGUCCUUAAAAAAUCCUAUGUGGCCAGAACGGAUCUAUCAUUGCAGCAGUGGUGUGACAACCUUGGACUUGUCUACUGCAAAUGCCAAUCUGCUGGCAGUUGGAAUGCAUGAUGGAACUAUAGCAAUCUACAACACCCAGAGUAAAGAGGAUACACCAGUUAUUGAUAGCAGUGACUGUCCAAAUAAGCACACAAGCCCAGUUUGGCAAGUUAAGUGGAUAGAACAGGAGAGGGGACCAUCUGGGGAUGACAAAGGGGAGACACUCAUUGCAAUAUCUGCAGAUGGCAGAAUUACCAAGUGGUAUCUACGGAAAGGACUAGAUUGUGCUGAUCUUAUGAAGCUGAAGCGAACUAGAAGUGAAAAAUCUAAGAAACAGCCAGGGGAGAAGGACCGAAAGGGUGAAGCACUCAUUUCUCGACAAGCACCUGGAAUGUGUUUCGACUUUAACACAAAGGAUACAAACAUUUACCUGGCUGGUACAGAGGAAGGACACAUUCAUAAGUGUUCAUGUUCAUAUAACGAACAAUACCUGGAUACUUACAGAGCCCACAAAGGUCCUGUUUACAAAAUAGCGUGGUCUCCAUUUUCCCCGGACGUGUUCCUGAGUUGCUCAGCUGACUGGACCAUGCAGUUGUGGAGACAAGAUCUGCUAAAACCAGUUCUUAGCUUCACUUCCACCAACAGAGCUGUAUAUGACAUCAUGUGGUCCCCAAAAUCAUCCACAGUAUUUGGGGCGGUCAAUGAAGGGAGCGUGGAGAUCUGGGACCUAGCUGCCAGCAUCUUGGAUCCUACUGUUGUGAGUCCAGCCAGCCCUGGAGUGAAUCUGACCGCACUGCUGUUUGCUACAAAAACAGACUGUAUCCUAAUUGGUGACAGUGAUGGACAAGUCAGUGUUUAUGAACUAAAGAACCUACAAACUGGAGAAGAUAGCCAGGCGAAUGCACUAUAUGACAUAAUUGGGACAACUCUGGCCAGUCAACUGUAAUUAACAUCACAAUUUUAAGUACCAAAAUAAAUGUACACAGCUGUUUUUUUGGGAUGCAUAUUAUUCAUAUAGUGUGUAUUUAUAAUAAAAGAAAAUGUAACUAAAUGUAACAUUUCUAUUUUCUGUGUUAGUUGCUUUUAUAUAAUGGUUAGUCAUAAAAGUAUAGUGGGAGACAGACAGUCUCUCCCAAAGAAGAAUAAUCAGAUCAAAAUCUAAUUCAAACCGUCUUGUUCUAAAUGUACUUACCAAUAUAUCCUACUGGUUUAAUGUUGUAGAUGCAGACUGAGAAACAUGUAUUGAAAUAUGGCUUUACCAAAAUAAGAACAAUGAUUAAAUGAGAAAAAGAUAUAGUGAAACACGUCCGAUAAACUGGGGAAAAAGUUACAAAGUGCAAAAUAUUUUGGGUUGGUGUUGGAGUUCAAAACAAAAAUGAUUGAAAAACAAACAAAAUAAAAACAGUUUCAUAAAAUUUGAGUAACUAAAACAUUUUGACAAGUGUCAGGAACGGUUAAAAGACGCUUGACAAAAUGUUUGACUACUAAAGUUUAUCUAUGUGUAUUUGUUUUACUGUGUCGUGUCUAUGAUAUUAAAUCAAAUUAAGGGUAGUAACAUUUAUUAAGCAAGUUGCUUUAGGCAUUUAUAUUUAUAACUUAAAGAGAAAAUUGUAUUUAAUAGAAAAAUAUGAAGAUUUGAAUCAUACAUCCUGAUGAGAGCCUAAUUUACUAUUAUUUAACUGAAAUAGGAUUACUGGGGCCCACAGUUAAUCAAGGUCCUCCAUUACAAUGUCACCCAGAGCAUUGAGGAAUAAGGUAGUUAGAUCCUGAGCUAGUCACAGAUUUCAUUUGUAUGGUAAGCUGGGGUGUAAUUAGCCAAAAGUGUCAUUUGUAAAAGAUGUCCCUUGUCAUGAGUAAAACGAAUUAGCCUCCAUUGCAGCAUAGUUGGUAUUAAGAGAUUAUUAUCUCUGGGUUUCAAGAACAUUCCAAUUAUCUUGAUAAACAGGGCUGUGUAUGAAAAAUAAUGAAAUGGGUUUACGAGAUCAAAAGAAAACAAUCCACAAUUACACUUACAGGCAAAGGCAUACCUACAGAAACAUACACAAUACGAAACAUACGUUUCAUUUUUUAAAUACCACUGUAAUUCCCUACUGUUAGAACAAGUCUCCAUUGUAAAUGGGUAUACAUUCUGUGAAAGAACCUUGAUACUCGUAUGAUUCCUUUUUAAAAAUGUAAACCGUGGUGACAUAUGUAUCACUGCCAUGAACAAACAAUUGAAUCUGACAAAGGGUGUAACUACUGCAUGCGCAAUAUUAUAUCGAACUUCACAAUUCUGACCCAGAUUGUCUUUUUGUUUCACAAAAAACUUCAAACUUCACUUUGUACACCAGCUUUAUAAUUCAAGUUGUGGGAAAAUUCAGGCACAUUUUUUAUCAAUACAUCAGGGACAAAAUCUAUGUCUUAUUGAUUGAGUAAUUUAGAAUUUUCCCCAUGCUUAUACUGUACAUUUACUAUAAUUUAACAUGGUUUGUACAAUGUUUUUUAAAAACCUGUUAGUGCUUUAGAAUGCUUGACUGUAUUUCACUGC